AUGGGCCCCUCUCUGCCAGCAAGCGAGUUCAACUAUGCUCGCCAGAUCAAAUACUGGCGGCGAAAUCUGAAGACAUACCUCCCGCACUACUACACCGGCAAUGAUGCCAACCGGAUGACCCUGGCUUUGUUCACUGUGUCCGCACUCGACAUACUAGGAGAUCUGGACGGAGCGCUGUCCGCGGAGGAGCGCCAAGGCUACAUCGAUUGGGUGUACAGCUGUCAACUGCCAGAGGGAGGUUUCCGGCCAUGGCCCGGUUCCAAUUUUGGAAAGAUCAGGAAUGACGAGAACAAGAUCUGGGAUCCAGCGCACGUGCCGGGCACGUUCUUUGCGCUGCUCACUCUCAUAGUGCUCGGAGAUGAUCUGGAGAAGGUCAAGAGAAGGGAGAUUCUGUUGUGGUUGAACAGGAUGCAGAGGCAAGAGGGUGGCUUCGGCGAGACAUUGGGCGGGGAUAACUUCAUCCACGGCGGCAACGACUCGAGGUUCGGAUACAUGGCCACGGCGAUCCGCUGGAUACUGCGCGGUGACGACGAGGGGCCAUGUGGCGAUAUCCCAGACAUCAGAAUAGACGACUUCGUCACGUGUGUAUGCGAAGCCGAAUCCUACGACGGAGGCAUUUCGGAAGCCCCAUACCACGAGGCCCAUGCUGGUUUCACGAGCUGCGCCAUUGCCGCUUUGCACUUUGUGGAUCGCCUGCCACAGCCACCUGGACAGGUUCCGGACGGUCGCAGGCGCGGAGUCACGAACCUCAGCAAUACCUUGCAUUGGCUUGCUUCGCGUCAGACGGCAACGCUCGAGGAGGAUGACAAAAUCGACACGUAUGACGAUGAGACGGACACAGCAAACACAUGCCAUGACGCCCACUCUUUCGUCAAAGUCAGCACGCACCCGACGGUCUCCAUGGAGACCACGACGGGCUCGCAACUCAAAGUGCCGUUUGAUCUUGCCUGGGUCGGGAUGAACGGACGAUGCAACAAGAUUGCAGACACAUGCUACGCAUACUGGGUCUCGUCGCCUCUCCAGAUCCUCGGCCGCAUGGACAUCAUCUCAACAAAACCGAUUCGCAGAUACCUGCUGGACAAGACACAACACGCAAUGGGGGGCUUUGGAAAGGUCGUGGAUGACCCGCCGGACAUGUACCAUUCCUUCCUGGGCAUGAUGGUGUUGGCGAUGUUCGGAGAGCCGGGACUGCAGAACGUCAAUGCAGCGCUGUGCAUCACAGACAGGGCGAAGAAGCAUCUGGAGUCGCUGCCGUGGAGGAGAGAGGCCAUAGCUUUGAUACGGAGCAGUGGUGGGAACGGUGCGGACAGGAUGCAGAUAGAUUUGUAG